GCGCUCCCGACCACGGUGACGUCAGUUCCCAGAGCCUGUGGCCUCUCAAACGCUGUGACGUGUGUUGUGGAAAUGGCCGAGGAACAAGCCCAGAAGACAAUGUUAAGCUUUUAAAGUCCACUAAACAAGCAAAGGAGGUGAACGACGUGUCUCUAGCGGACACGACGAACAUCGCGAAGGGAAUUAAAAAGGAGCCAACAAGCGACUCGAACCGCCCGGCUAGCCUUUUCUUCCCCGGUGGCUGAGGAGCCACCAUGGAGGACAUCAACUCUAAUAUCAACGCCGACUUGGAGGUGCGUAAGCUCCAGGACUUGGUGAAGCAGCUCGAAAAACAAAACGAGCAGCUCAGGGGUCGGUCCAUUAUGAUGUCCGGUCACCACAGACCCCACAGCGCCGGCUACGAGUCGCCGUCGUCGCUUUCAGCGGGCGAUCUGGGCGGCUUCCCCGGGGUGGGGUUCGCCGGGACGGGCGGCUACGGCGACCUGUUGGAAAACCGCCGCUGCCGGAGCCCUAGGCUGUCUUACGACGGCGUCAGCUUCAGGAGGAUGUACGAAUGCGACGGUGCCUCGGCCGCCACCUCCGGGUCGAGCCGGAACUCGCGUUAUUCGGACGACGAGGGCGAAACGUCGAUCCUGGACCAGGUCGAGAUCUUAGACCUGGAGGACAUGGACUGUCUACAUGAGGACGACGACAGCUGGCUAUACGAGACCAAGUUGAACAGUCCUCUGCAGAAAGCGUUGAGCCCCGUUGUCUGGUGCCGCCAGGCCCUCGACAACCCAAGCCCCGACAUGGAGUUAGCCAAGCGCUCGCUCAUCCACAGACUGGACCUCACUAUGUCAGCCAACAAGCGGCGGAGUCUCUACGGGAGUGGAUACAACCAGCAGGUUACCUAUGGUAGCCCGUACAGCACAAACGCCGCCAACAGUCCCUACAGCAGCGGCUUCAACUCACCCUUGUCCACCCCCAGCAAGGUGCCCAUCGUCAGGCAGCAGCUGAUGCCCGUAAACUCAGCACAUCAGCGGAACGCAGCAUCAGAAAGGAAUCCACCGGCUGUCAGCCCACAGUCAUCAGUAGACAGCGAACUGAGCACCUCCGAGAUGGAUGAAGACUCUGUCGGCUCCUCGACAACUUACAAACUCAACAAUGUCAACGAUGUCCAGAUUCUAGCGCGCAUGCAGGAAGAGAGUCUAAGACAGGACUACGCCGCCUCAGCAUCCAGGCGGAGCUCAGGUUCAUCCUGCCACUCGCUGCGACGCAGCACAUUCAGUGACCAGGAGCUGGACACACACAGCCUGGAGGACGAAGAGGAGGCGGUGCACCCAGCCUUCCACCUGCCCUCCAACCGCUUCAGCCCCUCCCCUCGGCACUCGCCCCGCGCCUCCCCGAGGAAUUCGCCCCGUUCACGCUCCCCUGCCCGCUCCAUUGAGUACGGUCGCGGAUCGCCUCAGCCCGUCAUCAGCCGCCUGCAGCAACCUCGCCACUCACUGCAGGGUCACAGCCAUGACAUGCAGACCAAUGUGGUGAAGAAUGAAGAAAAACUCCGUCGUAGUCUUCCCAACCUCACACGCUCCUCUGCGGUGCCGCUUCAGGGCCCAGAGCCUGUCAAGAACAGCCGAAGCUGCGAGUCCAACCUGCAGGUGCCAAAUGGCGGGUCUCCUCGGCACCAGAGCCCGUCAGCUCCAGCACCUCAGUCCCUGAGACACUCGCGCCCCACAAGCCCAGCCCCCAAAUCCAAACAGCACCUCCAAACCCCGGUGGCCCGGCGAGUCCCGCUCUCCUGUUGCUUUGGCGAUGAAGGUGACUUUAUUCCAGCGUCCAGUAAGCUGCGGACCCCGGCCACGCCCUCGCCCCUUGCCUUGAGGCAGCCGGUUAAAGCCACCACCAACCCCACCUGUGUCGCUGGCUCCACCCCUGGACGCUCCCUGGCUCCGCCUCGCAGUGGCCUGCCUCGCCCCAGUGCCCCGGCAGGUGGCAGUGGGGGCAUCCCUCUUCCUCGUAGCAAGCUAGCUCAGCCUGUACGCAGAACUCUGCCAGCUCCACGGAUCUACAGUGGCACCAGGGAGAACUUAAGGGAGGGCUAUUAACGUGUUGCUGAGGUGAGCCCGCAGAGGGCGCUCUCCUCAAACAUAUAGAGGAAGACCACAUGGCACUUUAUCUACCUUGAUGACUUUUUAGUGACAAUGCCCCAGGAAUAUUUAAUUAAAAAAUAAAGAGUAAUAGGAAUAAGAACCCUCCAUGGUGUCCAGGAUGGGGUCAUGCAUGCAAACGGCCAAAAGAGAACGCCAAAGAACAAACGCCUGCCUGCUUCACCACAGACAGCAUGCCGGCGCUCUCGCCCGUGUCGCAUCCUUAUUCUCAGCGACCUCCGGGAUGACGUCAACAAGUCACCUCUUGAUGACUUACGAGUGAGCUUUGUGACGUCAUGGAAUGACCUCCACGACAAUGCCAAUGGAGAAUGACGGCCACACUGAAAGUAAAUCUUUCCUCUUGUACAAAGCACCUAGAGAGAAUGCACAACUUAAUUUAUUGAAAUCACUUCAAGGGAUCCUCCGCUGUUUGGACAAGUUUCACAUAAUAGAAGUGUCUUAAAGUUUUUAUCAUAUCCAAAAAACUACAUUUAAAAAAACGCCACCAUAACGCUAGUGCUUAACACUUGUGACUCCAGUUGGGAUAUUUACUUUGCAAACUACUACCCAUGAUAUGAUGUCAUCAUACAAGAUGGCCCCACCCAUGUUUUGGAUUGAGUUUUAUCAGUUCAUAUCCUUUUAAUUUUAUCCAAACAGUGGAGGAUCACAUUAAAGACGUCACACGUCUGUUCCAGUAUUUACCAUUUUUCAAAUGUGCAUUUGAAUAUCGAUUGCAAGCUAACGCUCCAAAGCAUUACUUGACUUGCUGUCUUUCUUUCCAAAGGUUGAAGUUGUAAUUUUUCCGUGCAGUGCUUUGAACAUUUAGUUACGGUUCAGGUCUGAACGUCUCAGGCAGAUCCAAGGUGACAAUGAAACAAAACCACUGGCACUGACCCUGACCAUGACAGUCUUGAUUGUUUUACUGACUACCACAGUUCAUCGUGAUGUUGCACAUUUUGAGACAAAGCUGGCAAAACCCAGCUAUCUUUGCUCAUCCUGGACAGGUAAUCGUAAUGAUGUCACAUGAUAUGUUGGAAAAUCAGCAUUUCAUUUUUGCCAAGCUUGUUUUUUUUUGUAAGUUCAGCCAAUUAAAGGUCACUGUUAUUGGCUGCUUACACCUUACAGUGUGCCAUUCAUGCUUUAAAAAUGAGAAAUAGAAGAACUAUGAUGUUAGAAGAAAAAAGUGUGUCCAUGUUGGGGAAGCUCAUCUGCUAAAUUGGUGUGGUGGCUUGUUUUGACUAGUGCCUAAUUUUAAGAAGUGUCACAUGAUUUUAAGUGUCUGUUCAUUAUCAUUUUGGUUGUGCCAAUUUCUGGUUUUGCAAAGUUUACUGGCAUUUUUGCUUUUAUGAUUUUUUUUGCCUGCCUGCCUAUUUUUGUAAUGGAAUGAAUACAUUUAUUAUUAUUAUAAUUGCUUUGGAAAAUGUUUGAAUAUGCGCCUUCAUAUUUAUAGCUCAUCACUCAUUGUGUAAAUGUAAAAAAAAACCUAUUUAUUAAAUAGAAAGGUGCCUCGGACGACAUGCAGACUCAGUGGGAAGAAUGUUGCAAAAAGACCAACCACACCUUUUGUGUGCCACUUUUUGUUAUUCGAUCCUUUUUAAAAAUACACAAACAUGACAUUUUUUUGUGUAAAGUCACAUUUCAAAUAAAAGUGGAAUUCUUUUAACUUUUCUAAAAAAUGUAUUUUCCAUUUGCUCAUGGUGUUGGUCGUUUCAGAUACACUACAUGAAACUACAGAUCAUAGCUUUCUUCACAUACACAAAUAUAAUACAUGGUAAAUGAGUAUGAAGACUCAUGUACAGUACCUGAUACGGUGAGU